AUGGAGCUUGGGGAUGCCUUUAGGAAGCCCGCCCGCGCAAGUGGUGUCGUCGGCGGAUCCUCGGCCGGCGGCCCGGACCGGCUGAGCUCUCUGCCGGACUGCCUCCUCCAUACCAUCAUGUCCUCCUUGAAAGCUCGGCAGGCGGUCCAGACAUGCGUGCUGUCCACACGGUGGAGGCACCUCUGGCGCUCGGUGCCGUGCCUCGACAUCGACUUUGAUGAGUUCAGCAACACGGCGCCCGCUUCUGACGUCUUCGAUAGCAACGAGAGCAACGACGAUACCUCUGAUUCCGACAGUGAUAACUGGCACAACCACAAGGACUGGGAGCACUUCACCAAGUACAAGGACUGGGAGGAUUUUGAGGAUUUUGCUGUGACACUGAUACGCCGCUGUAACAUUGCACAGUUGGAUUCAUUCCGGCUGCAUACUGAUGGAAGCAGAGCACCGGAGUUUGGCAAUAGAGUGGCAGCAGGAUGGCUCCGUCGCGCCAUGAAAUACUGCACUCCUGAUCAUGCCAAUCAGCAGGGAUUGAGCUCUGGUUCUUGGCGCCUCAAAAGGCUACAUCUCUGCCAUGUACUUCUUGAUGACCAUUUUGUGAAGUGUGUUAGUUCAGUGUGCCGCUCUUUGGUGGAUUUGGAGCUGGACAAUUGCAGUUGUGAAAUUCAGUCAAUCACCUCCCAAUCGCUGAAGACCCUGGUUCUGAAAAGAUGUGGAUGGCGCAAUCUUUCUGAGAUUAUAUCGCCCACACUGAAGACAUUGGUUAUUGAUGGCGGCUCAAAUAUAGGUGCCUGUGUGCUAGUUAUCUUGGCCCCCUCUGUGGUGUAUCUGCAUUUGGCUAUGCGUGUUGACUACUUUAGUGGCGGUGUUUCAUUAAAUGAGGUGCCAUCCGUUGCCCAGGCUUUGAUUCAUCUAUGGUAUCACAAAUAUGUUUAUGCCAGAAGUAAACUUGCUGGCGAUCAAUUCAAGCUUCUCUGUAGCAUAUCUAAUUCGACAAAUUUAGAAUUGUCGGAUGUUGGGACAACAGUGCUUGGUAAGGAACCCAAAUUCCAAGAAUUCAAGAACCUGAGGAGCUUAUUGCUGGACAGAUGUGAUCUCAGUGAUGGCUUCAAGACAUUGGUAUUCUUUCUUCAGAGUUCUCCUAUUCUUGAGAAGCUCACUUUGCGGUGCUGCGAGUUCCCAAAAUAUUCUAACAAAAAGAAAGGAACACCCAUACUCAACAAGACCUCAUCUUCUGAGCUCCGUGGACUGGAUUUGCUGUGUGAGAACCUCAAGGUUGAAAUCAUAUAUAAUGAUGGCUAUGGACCCCACCUUAUGCAGCUUCUGCUGCGCAUUUCAGUGAAUUUGUCGAAGAACAACGUUAAACUCACCAAAGUUAAUUAG